CUUCCGCACCUCCUCCGGCAGCAAGGGGGUCUCCUCGUCACUUUCGUGGUGGAAACCAACACGAACAACAUGUGAAGAGAAGGACUCACCGUCGGGAGAGGGUGCCCGAUGACUUUAUAUACGGGGUCAACUGGCAGAUCAUUAACCACUGCAACCCUUACGUGCGUGGCUCUUCAUCAAUACACUCAUGGAAUCAGCGAGGUCACACGGGUGAAGGACCGCAGUUCACAGGGACAAAGAGGUGUGGAGGUAUUCAGGAAGGUAUUCAGGCCGGAGAGGCGGGGAGGGCAUGACAAGAAUGAGAUGCAGAAGGCUUUCAACCCGUUCUCCCUUGGGCUGCGGACGUAUGUCAGCCGUAACCUGACAAGCUCGGAGCUGCUGCUCGUCAUUAUCUCGUCCAUCCUGCGCUGACACCACUUCAUGCUGGAGGAACUCGAAAAGAAGGUUUCCUCCCCACGCCA